AAUAUGGCCACUUCCUGCCUGCUUCAAUGAGUGCUGACUGCACUUACGUUAAAAAAUCCUGAGCACACACUUCCAUAAGUAGUAUUUUUCAAAAGUUUUACCUGCUAAAGAUGGACUUUAGUUCCAUUUUAUCUGUAGCCGAAAAUAAUCAACAUGAGGCCACCAGAAAGCCUGCCUCCAAACUUUUGACCACCAAGUUCUCUGCACCUAAGAAGCUAGAAAGAAGUAAAGUAGACCCUAAGGCAGUAAAGGCUCUGCUGCAGAAGAGGAAAGAAGAGGAAGAGAGACAAGCUCUAGAGGCCAAGAAGAAGAAAGAAGAGUUACUUAAAGCACGUGCUGAUGCUCGUCAUAACAAAAAGGCCAAUGCCAUGGCACGAACCACCAAAGAUGUCCCCAAAACAUUUAACAAAGAACAACUGGAAGAGCACAGGAAAAUGUUACAGGAAAAGGCCAAGGCAAUGCUAAGUAAACCUACUACAGCAAACAGUAGACAACCCAAAAGUGCAAAAGAAGAAAAGGGAGAGGCUGAGGAGGCAGAUAAAAAUAAAUCCACAAAGCAUAGAGACGACAUAAGUCAUGAAAAUGAAAAGCAUGUGCAUGGUAGCCAUAAGCAUAAAGACAUCAAACGAGAUAGGCAUGAUAAACACAGAGACAAUCACAGACAAACUCAUAGUAAUGCCAAAUCUAAUGAAUCAAUAAAGAAUGAAAAAGAAAUCUCAAAUGCAACUAAAAUCAAAUCUUCAGAGGUGAAGGUAAAACCCAAACGUCCACCAGGUCCCCCACCAAUGAACUUCCAAGAUUUACUUAAACUGGCUUCUGUUAAACAACAUGAGCCAGUCAAGACUGCCGUGCCAAAAGAAAAGUCAAAAAAGGAGGCCGAGGCCAGACCAAUGACUCAGGAAGAGAAGGAUAGGUUAGCAAGAACUUCAACAAAAGAAUAUCAAGAUUGGAUUAAGUAUGGAAAACCCUUACCGCCACAACAACCUCCUCCAUCAUCAGCAGCAGACAAAAAGAGCAAAGGCAAAGAUAAAAAGAUGACUCAGAAAAAAGAUUCUGCAUUACCAGAUGCUUCUGCACAACAGAAACAGGCUGAGGCACAGCCAGCUAAGGUAAAGUCACAGUCUUCAAAGCCAUCUUUGCCUACCAACUCGAAAUCCACAAGCAAAGAAAAGACAAAACCUCCAGGAACCCCUAUGCAGAAAAAGAGAUAUUUACCUGGGGAUGCAAGAUAUGUGCCUGGAAUGGAAGAAGAUUCAGAGGAACCUCAACAAUCAGCAAAGACGUACCUGCCAGGGGAUGUCAGGUUCAAACCAGGCAUGACACCGCAGAAAACUGUAGGUCAGCCAUCUUCUUCCAAACCAUCCACUCCAUCUGCACCACCCAAAAUGAAACGUCUGAAGAUGCCUGCCUAUGAUCAGACCAAUGAUAUUGUAUUGGAGUGUGGUCCCAGUAAAGGGACGACAGUUGAGGAGGAGGAGGAAGAAGAGGAAGAAAAACCCAUGUCAGCUUGGGAUAGAAUUUACAAUGAAUACCACAGAAGACCAGCCAAGAGGCCUAGAGUUGAGGAGGAGCAUUACUAUUCUGAAGAGUCAGACGAUGAAUAUGAUAUGGACGACGACUUCAUUGAUGAUGGCCCGAUGGAACAGAACAGUGUAUCUAAGUACAUCAAGGAGAUCUUUGGCUAUGAUAAGAGAAAGUAUCGUGAUGAGGAUGAUGACGUCUCAAACAUGGAGGCUAAUUUCCAUGAUAUCAUGAAAGAAGAAUCUCGCAGUCUCCGCCUGGGGAUGAAGGAAGACUUGGAAGACAUGAAAGAUGAAGAAGCAAGAAAGAAAAGAAGAAAACAAAAACAGUUAGAAAAAUUAAAAGCAGAGAGGAUAAAGAAAAGAUAUUAAUUUCAUAUUAUAUUUUGAUUUCAUUAAACUUUUUACAAGCUGUCUGUGAUAAAGGAACACAUGCUCCACAGUUGAAAACUAUAGAAACUAUAGGUAAUAUAAGUAACGGAUGGAGAGCUUCUUGUUGGGUUUUGUCUUCUUUGUAUUGUCAUUUGUUUGCAUAUUUUAGUUGCUGUUAAAAAAAAAAGAAUAUUGCCGAAUGUUCUCAGAGAUUCAUGUAUAGAAAUGGAAAAAAGCAUUUCCAUUAGAGUUCCUAUCAUACAGGAUAUGCUGUAUAGAGGGACUGUUCUUUAUGACGAGUAUUUUUUAAAGGCAUGCUAACUAUAGAUCUAAAUGUUUACUGUAAUGUUAAGAAUG